AUGUGCUUAGUAAAUGAUACCAGAUCACAGAUCGUAUCAAAACCGCCGGUACAUGAGUUAGAAACACAAGUUAUGGCGGAACCAAUUAUAGCAAAGUCUUCAACUGGUCAAAUAUACGUGAAAACUUCUAAUAGAAAUAUAACUCUACAAGUAUCUGGAAGUGAUACUAUUUAUGCCCUUAAAGAAAUGAUUCAAAAUAAAGAAUUCUGUUUGCCUGUUCAACAACGUCUCACUUAUGCUGGCAAGCUUUUAAAUGAUGAGUGUCUCAUAGCAGAUUACUGUAUAAAAAAAGGAUCUAUAUUAAAUCUAUCCGUAAUUCCAAAAAGCUUAAUAUCCAUAACAAUGCCAACAGGAAAACCCUUAAAUUUAGAAGUGUGUUAUGAUGUCACUGUUAAUGCCCUCAAGAAAAUAAUCCAGGAUAAAGAAGGUAUUCCUGAUAAUAAGUUCUAUUUGACUUUUUAUCUUAAAUCUCAACAAGUUUACCUGGAUGAUGAAAAUGAAGAAAGUUUAUUAAAUUACAAGAUUGAUUUAAAUUUUUAUUCUCCUUUAAUCCCAAUCUAUGUGAACAUUUUUAAGAGAAAAUCAAUAACAUUAAAUGUAUUCAAGAAUGAUACUGUUUCUGAUCUAAAAAAAAUGAUUCAGGAUAAAGAGGGGAUCAAUUCUGAUCAUCAAUUUCUUAUUUUUCGUGAAAAGGAAUUAUCAAAUAUUCGCAGAUUGGAAAGGUACGGUGUCAUGAAACAUUCUAUAAUACAUCUUGUACUUAAGGAUAAAGCGCUUAGAAAAAACAGUGAAUCAAAGUUUUUGGCUGGUCAAAUUUAUGUAGAAAUGCAAACUCAAGAAAAAAUAAUUCUAGAUGUAUCUGAGAAUAGCACUAUCAAUGUCAUUAGAAAAAUGAUUAAUGAUAAAGUAUCUAUUGAUUCUCAUAAGUACAUUCUUGUUUUUGCCGGAACGGUAUUGGAAGAUGAUUAUACAUUGGAUGAUUACAAUAUUAAGCCUGAGUCUGUAUUGGAUUUUAUUUGUGUAAAUCAGAGAAUACAUGGUUCAAUGUCAAUCUUUAUCAAAACAUUAACUGGAAAGUCUAUUGUUCUGGAUAAUAUUUCUGGUGCCAAUACUUUCGAUGAAAUUAAAGAAAUAUUUUACAAUAGAGAAGACUACAAUAUUCAAAACGGAGAAAUAUUACAUCUUAUACUCAAGCUACGUGGUGGGAUGUUUCAUGAGACCAGUUGUCGAACAGAGUUUGAUGCAUUGCCACCACUUACGCGUUAUACACCAACAAAUGAAGAAAUUCUACAAAGUGGCGUUCAUAUUGAUAUUGCUUGCGAUUACUGUGGUAAAAGCGGUUGGAAAGGAACAAGAUAUAAAUGUCAAGAAUGCCCUGAUUAUGAUUUGUGUUGUAAUUGUAUUUCAAUGUCUGAUUUGCUUCAUAAUGUUCAGCAUAAUUUUUUGAAACUUUGGAUUCCUCCAAAUUCAAACGAUAAUUUAAAAAAUAUCCCUGUUCCCUCCGUUACCAUCCAUCCAAUAUUACCAACUACAAAAGAAGAAAUGUUAACAUUGCUUCAAAAAGAAGAACAACAACGAUUAUCACCUGAAAUACAAAACCAAUUUUAUAAAGUUGGAACUGAUCCCACACUUGGAAUGGAUUGGAUGGAUGUCACUGAUAAGAUGCAGUAUGGUUUAGUUCGUGAAUCUGGAUAUUCGGAUGAAGCUGUGCAAUUGUUACGUCGUGCUCCACAUAUUUACAAAGAUGAUCCUGCAUUUCAAACUACUCAAUUAUAUGUUCGUAACAACAUUGCUAAUGUAGGAAAUCUCACUGAAGAAAUGUUAGCUCCAAAUUGCCAAUUAAUUCCUGUAGAUUCUUCAAUUUCUACAAAAGAAAUUAUUAAUGCUAACGUAUUGACUAGUAUUUCUUUACAUUCACUCUAUAAAUCUGGAAGGCCCCUUGUUCUUCUUGGUGGAUCAUAUACCUGCCCUUUAUUUCGAUGCAUAUCUCAUGUACUUAAUGAUAUUUAUAACCGAUAUAAGGAUCAUAUAGAUUUUUAUAUGAUUCAAAUUCGAGAAGCACACGCAAGUGAUGUUUGGCCAAUUGGUAAUGUUGUAGAUGUUAAAGAACAUCGUACAUUAACUGAUCAUCUAACUGCUGCUUGUGAAAUGAUCAAAGCUACCAAAUUAGAGAUUCCUGUAUUAGCUGAUACUAUGGAUGAUACUUUCUUAAAAUUAUAUUCUCCAUGGCCUUUCCGCUUUUUUGUUAUUGUAAAUGGUAUUUUAAAACUUGUUGGAAUGCCUAAAGAAGCUCGUUAUGAUACAACAGAUUUAGUUGAAUGCUUAGAUACUCUUUUGGAUGACAAUAAAAUAGGCAAGAAAAAUUAA